ACAGCACCAUUAAUCUCACACCGCCUUGUACAUAUGCCACUUGCAAUGCGUGUGUAAGUGCAGGUCUCCUGUGCAUCUUAGCACCAGACAGCUCCGAUGGCUAGCUGCUUCAACGGCGGCGCCGGCUGGCCGGAGCCCGUCGUGCGCGUGCAGGCCGUAUCGGAUACCUGCGGCGCGACGAUCCCCGAGCGGUACGUCAAGCCUCCGUCCGAGCGGCCGUCGUUCUCGCCUGCCCCAGACGGUGGCGGCGGCGGCCUGAACAUCCCGGUCGUGGACCUGUCAAUGCCGGACGCGGACGCGACGUCCCGCGCCGUGUCGGCGGCGUGCCGGGAGUGGGGGUUCUUCCAGGCGGUGAACCACGGUGUGCGCCCAGAGCAGCUGCAACGCGCGCGGGCGGCGUGGCGCGGCUUCUUCCGGCAGCCGGCGGAGGUGCGCGAGCGAUAUGCAAACUCGCCGGCGACCUACGAAGGGUACGGCAGCCGCCUGGGCACCACCAAAGGCGGUCCCCUUGACUGGGGCGACUACUACUUCCUCCACCUCCUCCCCCCGUCCCUCAAGAGCCACGACAAGUGGCCCUCCCUCCCUCCCUCUCUGCGGGAGACGACGGAGGAGUACGGCGAGGAGGUGGUGCAGCUGUGCCGGAGGGUGAUGCAGCUGUUGUCGAGCGGGCUGGGGCUGGAAGCCGGGAGGCUGCAGACUGCGUUCGGCGGGGCGGGCCACGAGGGGGCGUGCAUGCGGGUCAACUUCUACCCUCGAUGCCCGCAGCCGGAGAUGACGCUCGGCGUGGCGGCGCACUCCGACCCCGGAGGCAUGACCAUGCUGCUCGUCGACCACCACGUUAGGGGCCUGCAGGUCAGGAGGGCCGACCAGUGGAUCACCGUCGACCCCGUUCCCGACGCCUUCAUCGUCAACAUCGGAGACCAAAUCCAGGCGUAUAUGGAUGUGUGCCUACAUGGAUUUGCACUUGAUGUGCCAUUGCUAUCACUGAGGAAGUGAGGAUCAAGUAGCGGAUCCGCGGAGGCCCUGAGCCAUUCGCUCACGAAAACGCCAUUGUCCGUCCACGUGGGACUACCGGCCACAAGUGGAACAGUAUUUAUUGAGACAGAGUAGUUGUGCAUAUAAAUACUAUUUUUAUAUAUACCCUCAGUACAUGACAGUCCAUCCGUUUUCGUCCCAUGUAUGCACCUAGACAUAGUAUAUAGAUCAGUAGAAAAUCACCUUUACAUAUAAUGAGUGAUCUAAACCAGUAGCAGUCGCAGACGUAAUCAUAUACUACAAAUAUAUAUACAUAUAUCACCGGCCAGAGUUAGCGGCCUAACUUUUGUCCGUCUAUAAAAUUGUGUAAACCUAAACAGCAUAUUAAUUAGUCCAUCCAUGUAUCUGCAUGCAGUGCGCAUAUAUGUUCUGCCAAAGCUGCAGCGAGUGUAGCACUAACAUACGCAUGCACGCGUGCCAUAUAUGCA